AUGCUGAAGCCUUCGGUCGUGCGGCGAAGUCUCCCACUUCUCCAACGCAGAUGGACUACACAAAGUACUCAACAGCCAUUCCCUCCAGACAUUAACGAAUGGUCUCAUCCUCCUUCCAAUGCCACCGUAUCAGACGAAGAGAUUUAUAGAUUAGCAGCAAAACCUCGCCAGCCUCUAACUCUGGCAGAUUUGAAGCUGAUUUUAACCGGACAUGGCAAACCUCCGUUACGUGAUGCUGCCCUUCUCUCUUCGGCCAAUUUCACAUUAUCUCUCUUACCCGCUCGAUUGGCCCAUCGUAUCCAAGCUCUUCGAAACCUCCCCUUCAUCGUUGUGGCCAACCCAAAUAUCUCCAAAAUCUACAACAACUACCUUCAUUCCCUGUCUACAUUAGAGCCGUUCUACAAGAAACCAAUAGAGACAAUAGAAGAGGAAAUGAGGUUCACAGAAACAAUGGCAGACCUGGUGCGGACUCAUUCAAAUACGAUCCCCACUCUAGCGCAGGGAUUCUUGCAAUGUCGCAAAUAUAUUGACCCUGCGGAAGUGACAAGGUUUUUGGAUCAACAUCUCCGCGCCAGGAUCGGAACCAGGUUGGUCGCGGAGCAACAUCUUGCCCUCCAUCUUGCUUCGACGGGAGAUGCCAUCAAGCAUAGACCAGAUCCCAAUCAUGUCGGUGUUAUCGACUUGGCUUUGCGUCCGGCCGACAUUGUGCGACAAUGCGAAGGCUUUGUGGCGGAGGUCUGUGAAUUGAAGUAUGGCGUUCGGCCUUCCCUGGUUAUCAAUGGGGAAAGCGAUGCUGAGUUCGCUCAUAUCCCCAUGCACCUCGAAUAUAUCAUCACCGAGUUAUUGAAGAACGCUUUCCGAGCUACCAUAGAGUCGGGCCACGAACGAGAACCGAUUGAAGUUACAAUCGCCUCGGCACCCGAUGUGACGACCACGAAACUUGAAUCUUUGAAGAAGUUGUCGGUGAGUGAAGCAACUUCUUAUGACUUCUCCCAAGAUGGUCUGGACGAGUACUGUUCUUCGUCUGAGGCUGAUGUUGGUCCGUUGAAUUCGGCGGCCCCUUGUAUCACUCUGAGAAUCCGGGAUAGAGGUGGAGGGAUACCACCCGAAACAUUACCCAAUAUUUGGUCCUACAGCUUUACGACCUUCAACAACGAAGAGGCUGCUGCCGCUGCGGACAAAGGAAUCUCAGAAGGAAUUAAUGCUAUCGCCAGCUCCGGGUCCAAUCACAGCUCAAUCGCCGGACUAGGAUACGGAUUACCAUUGGGCCGAGCCUAUGCCGAAUACUUUGGAGGUGGUAUUGCUGUACAGAGCAUGUUCGGUUGGGGUACGGAUGUAUAUCUGACCCUCCAAGGUAUCGGCAGAAUGGAAGAAACCAAAAGUGUCCCGAACGGCGAUGAAGAGUUUAAGGUAGAAAUGAGCAAGGGGUGA